AUGUUUGUCGAGGAUGUAGCUGAAUUUGCCCGAGUGAUCCUGUCUACGACAGAGAUGACUUUCCCUUGUGGUUGGUAUCGGAUACAGCUCCUCCUUUUCUGUCAGCUGGCCGCUAUCACCGGUAAUCGUCCGGGGGCGCUACUGAAACUCCGCUUUCGGGAUCUUAAGUUGACAUUGAUUCGGGAUCCAAACGGAGGACGUCCUCGGCUUUUUAUCUACCUCAGACCGGAAUUCACAAAAGGGUUUCUUGGUGAAAAGCAGUCGGAGGCGUUUCCCAUUCCGGAAAUUAUCUUUGAUCCCACGUUGGUCCUCAGUCCUCACGUUUUUCUGCUGGGUAUUCUGUUCAGAAUCGGCGCAUUUAAGAGUCUGUCCAAUGAUAGCCCUGUGCUGGAUUGCCCUGAGAAAUUGUACCGACUUCGGGUCUUACAUGGUCUCGGUGAACAGGAAUUAAAGCUGAAAGACGAAAUCAUGGAUCAGCAUGUGUUUUGCCAAGCUUUGCGGGAGGCGGAUGGGUUUCGAUUUGCACCAGAAAUGCCACUUACCCGGGGAUGGCUGGGCUAUAGAAUGAAAAGAGGUGGUGAGAUUACUGGCUUUGCGGAAGUAGCGAAGCCAUAUUGUCUUCGAUACGGCGCAGCAAAAGCGUUCAACGAUAGUCCGGACGUAUCAAAUGAACUGCAGAACGUCAUGCUGCAGCACGCAAGCAUUGAUACAUUUGUGCGGCACUACAGUGUGGGUAUUCACGUAGAUGCGCAGGCCAUUGUCCGGGGCUUGCCUGCUGAGAAGCAACUCAUGCGGUUUGCCUGCUCGAUGAGUCGGUCCAUCGACCCUCGCAGGCCCUACCGACUGGAAGAUUCAAGCUGUAUCAAUGAUAUCCCCCGUGUGCGUGCCCUGGAAGACACGAAACAUGCGAGAAAGCGUAUUCGUGACGUUAAGAUGCGCAACUAUGAAAAUGCAGAAGCCGCAUUUCUACGAGAGUUCGGUGAUGAUCCGCUGAGUGUAACUCUCUCCAGAAACGCCCGCAAGCGGAGGAAGGCCCUGGAGAAAAGCUUGAAAAAGCUACGUCAAAAAUUCGAUUGCGCAGACGAGCAGUAUGAUCGCGCAGUGAAACAAUUGCGGAACGAGAAGAGGCGGCAAAAGCAUCUGUUGAUUCGUGAGAACCUGGAGCGGUACAAAAAUGAGCAGCCAGUGAUAGACAGCGAGCGGCAACUCUCUGGAAAGGUUGUCGACGAAGAAGUCAUGGGUGCAUUGCAGCGAACUGGCUACAUGACACCGCAGCAUAUGACGCUCAUUGACAGUAUCCUGACUAUGCCGGGUACAACGGUCACGAAAGAAUACGAACGUCGCAUCGCUGCAAUCAAUGCAGUGAUUGCAGUCUGUGAUGCGGAAGAGGGUGCUCCCUCGCGGCCUGGUGCGUCGCAAAAACGCUCUGUCGAUGCUGUUGAUACGCCACCUGCUUCUCCCCUGCCUAAGAGACAAAAGUCUACCCCUUCAGAUGAGAGUGACGAUAGGUUUUCUCAAGCCAUCGCUUCUGUUUGCGUCAAAUCUCGAGAAGAGAGACCAACGAUAUGCUUUAUAUGUCUUGGUAAGGCUAAACUGCCAGAAAGCAAACGGCUGCAAACGUACAAGAACUCUGGGUCCCUCAGCCGACACUUCGUCAACCAGCAUAUCAAGCCGUUCCCAAAUGACAUGCAUUGUGAGUGCAACAUUUGCGGGGAAAAGCUGUUGUCCAAAUCAGGACUCCUGAACCACGCGCAAAGAGUGCAUGGAAUUGUCUCCUGCUUACCCCUACCAGCUCUGGGCCUGCCCCUCCCAUAA